UGGCGCGAAGCUGGCAGCGUGAUGAUCCCCAAAGAUGAACGUUCCAUCUGUCCCCCUCUUGCUUAUCUUGUGGAUCUGGAGGUUUUGAGGUACCUAGUCAGUCAUCUGGAAGCUACUUACCAUGGAUAGAUCAUUUUCUGAUACCACGUAUUGCGGGGUCGACACCCCAGUUCGUGGAGGUGCCCUGCCCGUCAUGGACUGGACCCUGGAGUUGAUGGAUGGUCGCCCUUGCCAGUCUCGAGCAUCGACAUUAGUGCACCUUGAUGGCUGACGACGGGACGAGGGCGGCUCUGUUCGUUGAGUCUCGCAAAACUCAACGGUAGAGCUCCUACGUGGCCGACUACAUCGUCGACCGCAUCAACUCCUUCUCUCCUACCCGCACUCGCCCAUUUGUCCUCGGUCUCCCGACCGGCUCCAGUCCCCUUGGCAUCUACAAGUGUCUUGUAGAGAAGUACAAGGCCGGUUUGGUCUCCUUCGAAAAUGUCAUAACCUUCAACAUGGACGAAUACGUCUCCCUUCCCCCGACCCACCCUCAAUCCUACGCCUCCUUCAUGCACGAUAACUUCUUCUCCCAUGUCAAUAUCCCCCCACAAAAUACCAACCUUCUCAAUGGCCUCGCUCCAGACCUCGCUGCCGAGUGCUCACGCUACGAAGCCAAGAUUGCUGCUGCCGGCGGAAUCGACCUGUUUCUCGCCGGCCUGGGAGAGGAUGGACAUCUAGCUUUCAACGAGCCCGGUUCCAGCUUGGCCUCUCGAACGCGUGUCGUCGCACUAGCGGAGGACACCAUCCUUGCAAACAGUCGAUUCUUCGAUGACGAUGUGAACAAGGUGCCCCAGUUGGCCUUGACGGUGGGGGUUAAGACGGUCCUGGAGGCGAGGGAGGUGCUGAUGAUUGUCCUUGGUGCCAAAAAGGCGAGGGCGUUGAAAAAAUGCGUAGAAGAGGGAGUGAGUAGUAUGUGGACUGGCUCGGCAUUGCAGAUGCAUGAGAGGGCUACCGUAAUUUGUGAUGAGGAGGCAGCGGGGGAACUCAAGUGGAAGACGGUCAAGUACUUCAAAUCGGUUGAACGCCGAGAAUUCGGCCACAGCCACGGUUCUGACCAGUCCCUGCCCAUCAGGAAGGGCCUUGGUACCCCGCCGACCAAGCUCAAAACCGCCGCUGGACCACUAACACCAGAGUCGACACCAAAAGCAACUGCCACCCGGUCCUCGUCUUCUCCCAUUUCCCCGUUGGCACAAACGGUGCCAAUACUUCUCACCACAAACGUCAAGCCAGCCCAGUCCUCAGGCUACAUAGCUUUGGAGCAAAAGAUUCUAGCCCAACCCGUACCCAAAAGUCAUGGCCUUCUAGGACUCCUCGGGACCUCAUCAUACGGCCAGACCUCGGAUGGGGACUCUGAAGCUGAGUCGGAGUAUGACCUGAAGCCAGACAGGAUGGCAUCCAGGCUAACUGAUCCCGUUUUUGCUGCUGAAGCGUUAAGAAGAUUGACGCCUAAUCCCGAAACGGGGAAAAUGCUUGGGUAGUGAGGAGAACACCGGAGUCCGUGGAUUGGAAAUGGCAAAGAUUGUUCUAAUGACUGGAUACACCACGGGUAGAUUGACCGUAUUUGCUAAUCUUCUAAUCUUGAAUACCCCUAAUAACGGAAGCAAAUACCC